AUGGCGACCCUGGAUUCACUCAAUCUCCUUUCCGAAGCUGCUUAUGGCUGCGAACACCUUGCGACUGUAUUCCGAAACCAAGAGACUGCUGGACAGUUCAAAAGCGAUUAUCGCAAGCACUAUGAGACCUUGGCUCCGUACACGAAACCAGAGACGGUGGCUGUCCAGGCUUCCGGCCUUCGUACCGUCGCAACCUUGAAACCCAAGUAUCACUGUUUGUCAUGCUCCGAAACGUGUCUGAACACCGAGCGCAAAGCGCAUACCAAAAAGACUGGCCAUGCUUUCUACAUGGAAUCGCGCAACCGCUUCCUCUUCUGCGAGACCUGUGUGGAUUUCAUCUACGACCCUGGCCUGGAUAAGCUCCGUGAUCCUGCCGCGAAGGCCGAAAAUUGGAGUAAGUCACCUCACCCCCUGAAGAGAAUGUUCUUGUCCGUCGAGGACAUUGAAGAGAUCAAACCGCUGAAAUACCAUCUAGACGGCAAAGGGAAGUGGGUGGACGAGUCAGGUUCCGAGCAUUACGUCAAGACCAAUGCAUCCAAGAACCCUUGCUCGCGUCGCGGUGCUCGUGGUGUAUGGAACAUGGGACAGACAUGCUAUCAAUCGGUUAUCCUCCAGGCGUUGCUCCACGACCAAACCCUCAACUCUUAUUUCCUAGCCGGAGGCCAUGACGUACAUACCUGCACGAGGAGUUUCUGCAUGGCUUGUGCUGCUGCCGAGGUGUUCAUGGACUUCAACAGUGGCGAGAAGACCGACGCUGUGUCGGCGGCUACCCUUCUCUACCAUGGAUGGGAUGCUUCGCGGGAUAUGGCAGGAUAUCGCCAGCAGGAUGCCCAUGAAUACUUCCAAUUCCUCGUCAACUCUCUGCAUUCAUGCACGCCCGGUCACUCCGAGAGCCACGACACAAAGUGCGAAUGCUUCUUCCACCAAACCUUUUAUGGCGAAUUACGCAGCAGCGUCAUCUGCCACAAAUGCGGAAAGACCACACACACUUACGACCCAAUGGCCGACCUCAGUCUCGACGUACAGCUUCAGAACAAGAAGAGGAAGCUUGGUCGAUCGACUGCCGUCUCGUCCACCGCGACCCUGACAGGCUGCCUUGACAGCUACACGGCCAUUGAGGACUUGCACGCAGAUGCAGCCUACCACUGCGAGAAGUGCGGCAACACGCCGCAGCGUGCAUCAAAGCGACUGCAGAUCCACAAGCUGCCAGGAAUCCUGUGCAUGCAGCUCAAGCGCUACGAGCAUACCUCUUCCUCCUCCGAAAAAGUCGAAGGUCACAUCGACUUCCCCCUCACUCUCAACAUGCUCCCAUAUACUGUCAAGAAGGACAGGGAGCGUGUUGACACCACCAACUACAUCUACGACCUGUCAACGGUAAUUGUCCAUCAAGGAACGAUGGACACUGGCCACUAUUACGCUUAUACCCGCUUGUCGGGAGACAAGUGGGUAUUGCUGGAUGACAACAAAGUCACCGUGGCCAGCGUCGCAGAUGUGCUGGGCCAGCACGCCUACCUGCUGUUCUACAGCAUUCGGUCCGUGGCCCGGGAGGGUGCCUAG